AAUAUAAAUGGUAUCCACGUUCACGUUUCCAAAUCAUAAAAACUCCCACAAAAUCCCUCCAUAUCCCCACAACCAUUCCUCAAGGACUGUUCCUUCUCUCUCUCGCUAAUGGCGUGCUGCUGAAAUUCAAAUCCCCUCGCCGUCCACCAUCCUCCUCUUUUGACCUCACACUAAUCGCUUUCUAAUCUCCACUUUUCUCGGAGAAAUUUCAUCCUGAUUUCUCAACUCUGUAUAUAUAUCAAUCUCUACUUGUUUCUUGUUGUUUAAUCGAUUUUGUACUUGUUCUUCUUUUGAUUAGAUGCUGUAAUAAUCUCUAUAUGUUGCUGAUUCUUAAUCGACUGAUUAGAUUGUACCUGUGAUUUUGAUUUUCCCUCUUUUUCUGAGAUUUUCGGAUGAAUCUUUACUUCUGGAGCAAUUUUGACGAAUAUGUCGAACAUUCCGACUUCGCUUUCUGAAAUCUGCCUCAGUUUCUUUCGUCUUACCAUGUCCACCGCCGAUCCUUGGCCAUUUUCCUAAUCUCCACCACUUUUAAUCGAUUUUAGGUUGUUUUUCCGUUUUUUUUUCUCUGAUUUCCUCCUUUUUUUUCGCCGCGAUGAGACGAAUCAGAGGAUUCAAACUCGGCAAGCACAUCCGGCGGAUUUCGAACUGGUUUCUCCGGAGACGACGGCGGAGUCGGACUGGAUACUCACUGUUGAGAUCCGGACGGUCUGUUAAGCCGAUUUCCAGCCUGUUAAGCUGGGGAAGGCGAUUGGCGAACGGAGCGAAAUCUAUCUGUUUAAGUAGGAGGAGAUUGAGUUACGUACCGUUAGAUCGCGAUUCGGAGGAGAAAUCCGCGGCGGUUCCGAAAGGUCACUUGGCCGUCUACGUCGGCCAGAACGACGGCGAUUUUCAUCGAGUUCUAGUGCCAGUGAUCUACUUCAAUCAUCCUCUGUUUGGCGAGCUUCUGAGAGAGGCGGAAAAGGAGUACGGAUUUCAUCAUCAAGGCGGAAUCACCAUUCCUUGUCCGUACUCCGAGUUCGAGAAUGUUCAGUCGAAAAUUAAGUCCGGUUCCAGUUGCCGGGAACCGCCAUGGAAGAAGCUAGGUUGUUAUGGACGUUAAUUUACUCCGCCGACGACGACGGUGAAGAUUCCAAAUUCUCGAGGAUAGUGACGCUUAGACUUUACCAUAAUUUAUUAGGUAGAAUUUUAAUUUUUCCUAAUUUUUUUUUUCCUUUAAUAAAUUGUGGUGGAGUUUAUUCCUUGGGCUAUUUCUGUACAAACAAUUACAUUUAGGUAAAUUUACAUUUUAGUCCCUAAAAUAAUACCUUUUAGCAAUUUAGUC